CAACUGCGCAGGGCGAAACACUACUUAUACAUGCUUGCUAGCGUAGCAUACUGCAUACGCGUGUUAGGCGUUAAGAAGCUACUUCUGUUAGCUAAGCGCAGCAAGCAGACUAACAAGGACUAUAAGCGCUUUUUAGCUAAGAGAGUAAAGUAUCUAGCUAACAGUUUAUACAGUCUAAUAAGCUAA